AUGGCUGUCUUCUCUGUCUCUCCGGCGCAGUUCAUCUCCUCCAUACCUCCCGCGACUCGUGCAUACACUGCUGCUACUAUUGCAUUUUCACUGCUCUACUAUGUUCUAGAGCUAGUGUCUGGGACAGAAUUUGCCGCACCUUAUCUUGUGCUCAUUCCAGGCUCUAGCGCCUUCUAUCCGUGGACCCUUCUAACGUCUGCUCUAGUAGAAACUACCGUUGUGGAGCUUAUCUUUACGCUCAUAUGUAUACCAGCUUCUCUCAGAUACUUGGAACGAUUAUGGGGUGCUACAGAGCUACUGAAAUUCAUAGCGGUGACGAUCACUGUAUCAAAUAUCAUAGCUUUCGGUUUGAACUGGAUUGAGUACGUGGUCCUCAGGAACCCUGUAUUCCUCUAUGGCCAGCAAUAUCACGGACAGAUGGCGUUGCAGAUUGGGGUGCUUGUUGCAUUCAGGCAAAUUAUUCCUGAGCAUCAAGUUCAAUUGUUUGGUGUGUUGAAAGCCAGGGUGAAGACGUUGCCCAUGGCGUACGUUACGUUCUCCACCGUGAUGUGUAUCGUUGGGUUCCAAUGCCCGUUUAUCGUCAUUCAAUUCGGCUGGCUUGUGUCUUACAUCUGGCUGCGAUUCUACAAGAAGAAUACCGGAGAUCUCGGUGGCGGGCCAUUAUACGGGGACCGGAGCGAAACAUUUGCUUUCAUCACUUGGUUUCCCCCUCUCCUUCACGGACCCCUCACUUUGCUUGGGGACACGGCAUUUACGCUGGCUACGAGGUUUCAUCUGAUACCGAUCUCUGGUUCAGACGUAGAAUCCGGAGGAUACAGUCAGGUGCCUGGUGGUGCGCGCGCGGAAGCCGAAAGGCGAAGAGCGAUGGCUCUCAAAGCCCUCGACCAACGAUUAGCUGGCGGCGCAACUUCUCCAACUCCACCUCAAAGGACUGCAAAUAGCUCAUCAGCCCCUUCCCGACCGGCAGCCGCGAGCAUUAGUCGUACGACCGAAACUUCUCUUCCUAAAAAGACACCCUCGACUACCGACGUUACUCAAAGUGUUGAUGCUGCAGUAAAGGACGACAAGGAGAAUUGA